UCUUCCAGAAACCAGUCUACUGCUUUGUUCAUCUGAGCAUUCAGGAGUUUCUGGCUGCUGUCUACAUGUUCCACUGUCACACCAACAGGAAGACAGAGGUGCUGAAGAACUUUUGGGAAAAAAAUACAACGAGUCCUCUCUGGAUGAUUUCCUUAAACGAGCCAUGUCUAAAUCCCUCCAGAGUAAAAAUGGCCACCUGGACCUGUGUGUUCGCUUCCUUCAUGGCCUCUGUCUGGAGUCCAACCAGAGACUCUUAGUAGGUCUGCUGGGUCAGACAGAGAUCAGUCCAGGAACCAUCCAGAGAGUCAUCAACAACCUGAAGAAGAUGAACAGUGAUGAAGUCUCUCCUGACAGAAGCAUCAACAUCUUCCACUGUCUAAUGGAGAUGAACCACCUCUCAUUAUUUCAGGAGAUCCAAGAGUUCCUGAAGUCAGAGAACAGACCAAAGAAGAGACUCUCUGAGAUCCAGUGCUCAGCUCUGGCCUUCAUGCUGCAGAUGUCAGAGGAGGUUCUGGAUGAGUUGGACCUGCAGAAGUACAACACAUCAGAGCGGGGACAACAGAGACUGAUUCCAGCUGUGAGGAACUGCAGAAAGGCUCGACUGACUCAGUGUGGACUCUCAGAGUCUCACUGUGAAGUUGUGGCCUCAGCUCUGAAGUCCAACCCCUCCCAUCUGACAGAGCUGGACAUGAGUGGAAAUGAUGAUGUCAAGGACUCCGGGAUGAAGCUUCUGUGUGCUGGACUGGAGAGUCCAAACUGUCGACUGGAGACUCUGAGAUUGUUGGACUGUGGUUUGUCAGAGAUCAGCUGUGAUUAUCUGGCAGCAGCAGUGAAGUCCAACCCCUCCCAUCUGAGACAGCUGGACCUGAGCUGCAACAACAAGCUGCAGGAUUCAGGAGUGAAGCAUCUGUGUGGUUUCCUGGAGAGUCCAGGAUGUGGACUUGAAACUCUGAGAUUGGAGAACUGUGGUUUGUCAGAGAUCAGCUGUGAUUAUCUGGCAGCAGCAGUGAAGUCCAACCCCUCCCAUCUGAGACAGCUGGACCUGAGCUGCAACAACAAGCUGCAGGAUUCAGGAGUGAAGCAUCUGUGUGGUUUCCUGGAGAGUCCAGGAUGUGGACUUGAAACUCUGAGAUUGGAGAGCUGUGGUUUGUCAGAGAUCAGCUGUGAUUAUCUGGCAGCAGCAGUGAAGUCCAACCCCUCCCAUCUGAGACAGCUGGACCUGAGCUGCAACAACAAGCUGCAGGAUUCAGGAGUGAAGCAUCUGUGUGGUUUCCUGGAGAGUCCAGGAUGUGGACUUGAA